AAGCAUCCUGCAUCCUGAGAUAAACAAACCGGGGGAGGGGGCGGCCUAGACUGAGGGCCCUGACGCGGGAGGAGAAGAAUGGGGGACUGGCCUGGGGGAAGUGGUAGGCGUUGGGCCCACAAACCAGCGUCCUCUGAUGGGUGACUGGCGUCCCUAUGAUUGCCCAAAAUCCAGAGCUGGGGGCGUGGGAGCCACCCGGAGCCCGGUGAGCGUCUGGGGGGCUCAGAUUCCAGAGACUGGGGCACCCUCUCUAGCUGACCUCUGCCCCCAGGAUUUGCCUGAAGGCCACCUCCAACUCUGCACCUGCCCACUGAGGGCCACCAAGGACCAUGACUAAGACAGAUCCCGCCCCGAUGGCCCCGCCGCUCAGGGCGGAGGGAGAUGAGGAGGAGGAGGAGGAUGAGCCUGUCCCAGAGCCCCCCAGCCCCACCCAGGAGCGCCGGCAGAAGCCUGUUGUGCACCCCUCGGCACCUGCCCCCCUCCCCAAGGACUACGCCUUCACCUUCUUCGACCCCAACGACCCUGCCUGCCAGGAGAUUCUGUUUGACCCGCAGACCACCAUCCCUGAGCUGUUCGCCAUUGUGCGCCAGUGGGUGCCCCAAGUCCAGCACAAGAUUGAUGUCAUUGGCAAUGAGAUUCUGCGUCGAGGCUGCCACGUGAAUGAUCGUGAUGGGCUGACCGACAUGACACUGCUCCAUUAUGCGUGCAAGGCGGGGGCCCACGGAGUCGGGGACCCCGCGGCGGCUGUACGCCUCUCGCAGCAGCUGCUGGCACUGGGCGCAGACGUGACCCUGCGCAGCCGCUGGACCAACAUGAACGCGCUUCACUACGCGGCCUAUUUUGACGUGCCGGAUCUCGUGCGCGUGCUACUGAAGGGUGCACGGCCCCGAGUGGUGAACUCCACGUGCAGUGACUUCAACCAUGGCUCAGCCCUGCACAUCGCUGCCUCCAACCUGUGCCUGGGCGCGGCCAAAUGUUUGCUGGAACACGGUGCCAACCCGGCGCUUCGGAACCGAAAGGGACAGGUGCCAGCGGAGGUGGUCCCAGACCCCAUGGACAUGUCCCUGGACAAGGCAGAGGCGGCGCUGGUGGCCAAGGAGCUGCGGACGCUACUGGAGGAGGCUGUGCCGCUCUCCUGCGCCCUCCCCAAGGUUACGCUACCCAACUAUGACAACGUCCCAGGCAAUCUCAUGCUCAGUGCACUGGGCCUGCGCUUGGGAGACCGCGUGCUACUGGAUGGCCAGAAGACGGGCACACUGCGGUUCUGCGGGACCACGGAGUUCGCCAGCGGCCAGUGGGUGGGCGUGGAACUGGAUGAACCUGAGGGCAAGAAUGAUGGCAGUGUUGGGGGUGUCCGGUACUUCAUCUGCCCUCCCAAGCAGGGUCUCUUUGCCUCUGUGUCCAAGAUCUCCAAGGCAGUGGAUGCACCUCCCUCAUCUGUCACCUCCACACCGCGGACUCCCCGGAUGGACUUCUCCCGUGUCACAGGCAAAGGCCGCAGGGAACACAAAGGUAAGAAGAAGCCCUCAUCAUCCCCAUCUCUGGGCAGCCUGCAGCAGCGUGAAGGAGCUAAGGCUGAGGUUGGAGACCAAGUGCUCGUCGCAGGCCAGAAGCAAGGGAUCGUGCGUUUCUAUGGGAAGACAGACUUUGCCCCAGGUUACUGGUACGGCAUAGAGCUAGACCAGCCCACCGGCAAACAUGAUGGCUCUGUCUUUGGUGUCCGGUACUUCACCUGCCCCCCACGGCAUGGAGUCUUUGCACCAGCAUCUCGAAUUCAGAGGAUUGGUGGAUCCACUGACCCCCCUGGGGAUAACGUUGGAGCCAAAAAAGUACAUCAAGUGACAAUGACGCAGCCCAAACGCACCUUCACAACAGUCCGGACCCCAAAGGACAUCGCAUCAGAGAACUCCAUCUCCAGGUUGCUCUUCUGUUGCUGGUUUCCCUGGAUGCUGAGGGCGGAGAUGCAGUCUUAGAGGCUCUGGACAUCUGAGAGAGACACAGAGCCUCCUCUAGCAUCUCCUGAUACAAGGAGCCCCCGAGUCACCCUGAGAUAGAGAUUUCCAGUAACACAUCCAGAAUAGAGACCCCCAUUAGCCAGCCCUCGAUCACUGAGGCCCCAUUAUUAACAGAUUCCCUCAUGAUAACCCCCCAAAUACAGACCCUAUGUUACCCAGAAAGAGAUUCCCUAAGUGUAGUACCUUCAGGCUAGUCCCAACCCCUCAGAGGAGACCCCCCCAAUAACAGAUUUCCACAGCACCCCAAAUGACGGUGACUUUCUCUACAUAAUGCUCCACAGCAGAACAUUCCUGAGUCACUAGUCACUGGAUCAGAACCCUUCCCUGUUAACAAAGGCCCCCCCCCCACCAUCAAGUCCCCUUGAAAGAAACACCUCCAAAGCAACAGUAACAAACCCACAUUUAAUGUCAGUCCCCUCAAGAUGUUGUGACCCCCGUGGUCACCCCAAACCCCCUACACUGCAAUCAGAGACUCCCUCCAUUAACGAACCCCCCUGCUCUUACCCCUCAAGAAGAGACCCACAUUAACCAGCCCACUGUCACCCCCAAUUUACAGAUACCAAAACAGUACUGGAAGUGCUAAUUACAGGACCCCCAAGUCUUCCUAUCCUCUGCACCAAGAAACCCCCAGUGCCUUGUACGAAGCCCACCCCAUGCGGCCCACAGCACCUGUGCUGGCCAGGCUCCCAGAAAAUUCUCUAUUUUUAAAGUAAUUAUUUCCCCCUUUGGGGGCACCCCAAAAUUUGGAGGUCCCAUUCUGGGACUCUGAGGAUCCAAACCCCAGAGUACAUGUCCUAAACUCCCCUGUGCCCGCAAGUCCUAGAGCCCCUAGGAGACCCCAAAGCCCUAACUCCCAGGAUCCCCAAAUCAUGGAAUCCCCAAAUCCCCAGGGAAUCCCAAAUUUUAAAAAUCCAAUCCCAAACCCCCAGGAAACCUCAAUCAUGGAGGUUCUUGUGCCUGGGAUGGAGGAGAUACGCAUCCUGGGCCCCCAGGGCACCUCAAGCCCUAUUCAUAGGUACCAGAAACCCCAAACAGGAAUUCUCAUCCCUGGAAACCAGAGGACUUCAAUGCCCUGAGUCCAUGGAUCUCAAGACACCCAAAUUCCAAGAGCCCCAGCCCCAAGGGAACCCCAAAUCCUCAAGCCUCCAUCUCAUACAUGAGGGGCAUCAAGGCCUUGAGGGGAUCCCAAAUCCUGGAGUCCCCAUUUCAAUCUACAUUCUGGUCACAGGUCCAAAACACCAAAUCUAAGUUACUGGCCCUGAAGGACCUCAGAGCACCCUGGCCAGACUAACAGCCCGACGGAGACCCUGAAGGCCCAGGGGUCCAGGGCAGACCUGGGGCCCUGAAAACCAAGGACAGCUCACGACUGCCCCUUCACUGCAUGUCCCCAAACUCAGCAUGACCCCUACCCCCUUCAAUAAAGACGUUUCUACGGC